AUGGCUUCCGUCCCGAGUGUGCAAUGCUUCGGCAAGAAGAAGACGGCUACCGCUGUCGCCCACUGCAAGCAAGGAAAGGGUCUUAUCAAGGUCAACGGCCAGCCCCUCUCUCUGGUCCAGCCUGAGAUCCUCCGCUUCAAGGCCUACGAGCCCGUCCUCAUCGUCGGCGCUGACAAGUUCGCCGGUGUCGAUAUCCGUGUCCGUGUCACCGGUGGUGGUCACACCUCCCAGGUCUACGCCAUCCGCCAGGCCAUCGCCAAGUCCCUCGUCGCCUACUACCAGAAGUACGUUGACGAGCACUCCAAGAACCAGCUGAAGCAGGCUUUCGUUCAAUACGACCGCACACUCCUCGUUGCCGACAACCGCCGCGCGGAGCCCAAGAAGUUCGGUGGUCGUGGUGCUCGCGCCAGAUACCAGAAAUCCUACCGUUAA